AUGGAAGAAUAUAUUAAUACUCUCAAAAAAAAUAUUAAUUAGGAAAGAUCUUCCAAAAGACAUAUCCAAUAGAUUACUUAAUUAGAAAUUAAAAGAAUGUUUAAAUUUGAUCCAGAUACUUAACUUUAAAAGUAAAUGAAAUAGUUUGAUGUAUAUUACAUUUAUUUUUUAGACUUUAUUAGAAAAUAAUUAGUGGAAUGGAAAUUUACGAUUUUGUAAUUUUUAGGGCAUUUUUAAAAUUGAAUAUUGGAUUUAUAUUGAAAAAUAAUUAAGAUUUUGUAACUAAUUGAAAAAAAUGAAAUUUACCAAAUCAAAAUUAGGUUUAGAACAUCUUCAACUUCUAUUAAAAUUGCUUAUUUGGUUACAACCUCAAGGAAUAGAAAUUGAAUUUAAUCAUAAUGAACUUGAUGAUUAUAGCUUAAAUGAUUUCACCAUUUAGUUAAUUAAAAGCAAACUUAAUCUAAAAUAUGUAAUAUUUAAUUAUAAAGUUAGUUACUAAUCUCUAAUAAUCCUGGUAUUUUUAGAGGAAAAUAUUUGUAAAAUUUAUCAGCUUUUUUAGAAAAAUAAUUUACUUUGAAUUUAAGCAUCAAUCAAUAAUAUAAAUCAAUUAUUUUAUAUAACAAAAGAUUGUUCGAUGAUAAAAGUUAUUCAUACAUCUAAAAAAAGUUGAAAAGAAUGAAAUAUCACUCUUUUAAUUUAAGUAACUGCUUCACUGAAUCAAAUUAUCAAGGAUUUGAAUACUUAAUCUAAACUUGUUAUAGUGAUUCAGCAUUAGAAACUAUUUAAGAACUGAAUAUAUCAAAUAAUUAUCUUGGUCCUAACACUCUUAUUGAAUCUUUAUUUGCUAGUUUAGCAAAAGCUAAGGGACUUUUAAAGUUAGGUUUAAAUAAUUUAAAUUAAUUAACUCAAUCUACUUGUAAAGCAUUAAUUGGUAAUCGUUAUUCUUAUCUAAGACUAUUGGAACUGGAUUUAUCUAACAAUUCAUCUAUGGAUGAAUCUGCUUUAUAAAUACUCUUAGAUGAAAUUAUUUCAAAAUCUUGCAAGUAUUUUGCCUUUGAAAAUACAUUUUAAAAUAGUGAAUCAUUAUUGGCUAAAAUGUACCAUUUUGCUUAAGCAUUUAGAAAUAGAAUAAAAUAAGGAGAAAGGUUAAAUUUAGAAUCAAUUGAUUUAAGUACAAUUGAAAAUAUUUAAUAAUAUGAUUUACUAGAGGAUUUAUUAAAAUUCGUUAUCUUUAAUCCCUUUAGUAAUCUAAAAAGUUUAACUAUUAAUCCUUUAACUGAUGGAAUUUGUUAAAGUUAUAUUAAUGCAAUAUUAAAUUUUAAAAAGUAAAACAGAACAAAAAAUUUAAAUUUACAAUCAAUUACUAUAAAAAAAUAGAAUCAACAAUUGGGAGAAGAAAUCCUAAAAUAAUUAAUGAAUGAAUUGUUUUUUACUUAAUAAGAUGAUUCUAUAUCUAUUUAAACUUUAUGUUUUAGCUCUCGUAGUUUUGAAUUAGACUCAAAUUGCUUUAUUUUUUAAUAAUAUUUAAACACUAUAGAUGUUUAUAGAACUUUUAGUUUAAAAAAUCUUAUUAUUAAAAAUUCUUUUGUAACUGAUAAAUUAACAGAGAAAAUUAUUUAAGUGUUUUUAGCAUAAAAAACAUUUGAUUUAGAAACAUUUCUAUUUAAAGAAGAUAACUUCAAUGAUACAAUUUAUAUUGAUUAAGUUUUGUUGUAAAGUAAAUUUUUUGAAAAAUAAAAUGAUAUAAAGUUAUUUGCUUUAAAAAAGUUGAAUCUUGAAAUUGUAGGACUACAAAUGAAUAUAUCUUUAUUUCUCAAAUGCUUUAUUACUAAUAGUUAAGUGAAAUUAAAUCAUAUAAGCUUAGCUAAUUUGAAUUUGACUUUUGAUUAAUUAUCACAUGAAAAUUAUGUAUCACAAGUAAAAGAUGAUAACUUAGAUUUAUAAACAGUAAAAUUUAGAGAUAAUACAGAUGUAAAUAACAAAGCAAUUAAAAUUUUUUCUGAGUAUUGUAUUUUUAAUUAAUUUUUGGAUUUGCAAUAUCUGUAAAUUAGUUAUUUUGAAUACAAUUUAGAUUAAAUUUUUUAAUUUGAUUCACUUAGAAAACUAUGUCUUUAUCAUAAAUUUAAGAAAUUUGAUUUGGCUCUAAAAGUAAUACUAGCUUCACCAAAACUUGAAGAAAUAAUUUUUAAGAAAGUAGAUAUAAAUGAAGAUUUAGCAUAGUCAAUAAAUAAAUAUUUUUUAGAACGUUAAUAAUUAAAGGUAAAAGGUACCUAAAUAUUUUAUUAUAUAAAAAAAUUAUCCUUUGAAGAGUGUAUUUUUUCUAGUGAAAUAUUAUCAUUCUUUUUUCUUGAUCCACAUUGUGAUUUAGAAAACUUAUCAGUCAUAUCAUGUAAAGGUUUUGAGAAAACUUUAGAUAAAUUAGUUAAUGAGCUAAAAGAUUCUCAAUAGUUAAUUAAAUCAUAGUUAUCAAUUUUAAUAAUGAAAAAUUUAAAGUUAUCAUAAAAUUUUAAAGUAUUUCUCAAAUUUUUAGAAUAUAUUUGCUUUAAUGCUGAAUUAAUAGAGGAGAAAGAUUUAAAGUGUUAAUUAGAAUAAUUAGUGUUAUCGAAUUGUUCUUUAAAUGAUGAAUUUUUUUAAGGUUUUAUAGAUUUAAUUUAAAAUUGUGUUGAAUAAGAUUAAUUAUCAAAAAAGUUUUUUUAAAUUAUUGACUUUUCUGAUAAUAAUUAAAUCAAAAGUUCGUUAUGGAAAAAGGUAUCAUUUUUAUAUGAAUUUAGUUUUAUCAACUUGUGAUGUCAAAAGAGAAGAAAAAAUAAAAGAAAACAAAAAUAUUGGUUUAACAAAUAGAUUUUUAAUAAUAGGAAUAAUAAUUAAAUAAUUUAAUAGAACAAAAUCAUCUAAAUUUAUAUGAUAAGAUUUUAAUGGCUCCUGAGAGAUUUACUUAAUAACCUCCAUAAAGGAUUUAAGAUAUUUCAUUAAAAUUUUUAACUGAUUUUUCAAAUGAUAGAGAAAAGACUUAUUAUUACUAUAGAAUGUUAGCUGGUUUAAUUUUUUAUCCAAAAAGUAAAAUCUCUAAUUUAAAAAUAAGUGAUGUUGAUCUAGAUUUGUUUGUAAAUACAAUUGAAAAAAUUCUUAUAUAAUCUGAUCUUUAAAAAAAUAAUAAACAAAAAAAUUCAACUGUUACAAAUAUUAAAAAAAUUACACUUACUUCAAUUAAAUUUAAUGAUUCUUUAAAUACAUAAUCCUUUUAUUCUUUAUUUAUAAAUAAUUUAAUAUCUUUGAAAAUUUCAGAUACAUAAAGUGGAUUCAUAGAAGGAUUACUUAACUUUUUAGAUAAAUUUUAAGGUAAAUUAAAAAUUACUAAAUUGCAUCUAAUAAGAGUAAAUGAAUAUUUAAAUUAAGCUUAAUCUAAUCAAUUUAUAAAAGAUAUAAUUUUUGGAUAAAAAGUUCCAAUAAAAUAAUUAAAAAUUUCAGAAUCUAUACAAUUUAAAGAUGAUGAUAAAUUUGUAAAACAAUAUAUAAGUAGUUUGACACCUUAAAUUUAAAAAUUAAUAUUUAAGAUUGAGAAUAAAGAUUCAUUUUAGUUUCUUCAAUCUUUUUCCAAAUAUCUUUUAGAGAGUUAAAAUUUAUAGUUUUUUGAAGUUUAAUGUCCUUAGAGUGGAAAUUUAUUAUUUGAAAAUAUUGAUUUAAUGAAUAGUAUACCAAAGCUGAACAUUUUAAAAUUAAAAACUGUUGUAGAUUUAACUCCAAAAUUAUUAGAAUUUAUAUCUUAAACUUAAACAACUUUAUAAGAAGUAAAGUUUUAAAGUGUAAGAAUAUUAAACAAACAAGAAACAAUAGCCUGGUUUAAUAAUGCAGAAAAUAUUUAUUUGAAUUGUAAGUUAAUAACAAAAAUAGAUGAAAUAGCUGAAGAUGAAUAAGAUUUAAUUAUUAAAUAUUUUCUAGGAAAUAAAAUAUUUUAAUGGCAAUAACUUAAAUAUAAAUCAUUUAAAGGAUUAUAAAAAUUUAAUAAUACAUUAGUUAGUGAUAGCUUUAAGAAUUUGACAAGACUUGAAAUUAAUGCAUAAUUUGAAUAGAAUUCUAAAAAGAAAAUAUCGAAUGACUUUCUUUUGUAUAUUUCAAAAAAAUUAAUAUAUAAUGAAGAGUCUAAAUUAAAGGAAUUAAUAUUAGUACAAUGUAAUAUUACAGUAACUUAGAUUUUUAAAUUAAUAAGAUAUGCAGAAGAAUAUACUGAUAAUGUUAAGAAACCUUUAAGUUUAAAACGUUUUACUUUGAGUAAAUCUUAAAACAUUGAUGAAGAAGCUUUUGAAGAAUUAUGUCAUUAUUUGAUAUUCUUUUAGUAUAUUAAAUUAGAGAGACUUGAAUUAGUCUAACUUAAUUUAUCAAAUAAAAUGGUAUAAACUUUUAUUGAAUUUGGAAAAUAAUGGUUGCAGUAUCAAGAUGAGAAAAUAUUUAAUUUUAAAUGUUUAAAUUUUUCUUAUAAUGAUACCUUUGGAUCAGUUGAAACUUGGGAAUUUUUAUGUAAGAUAUUUUUGUUUAGUGAAAAAACACCAAUGUUAACUCAUCUUUUUUUGAAUGGAAUGGAUAUAAAAAAUCAUAUUGCAAAAUUGAUAGCUAAUUGUGCAUUUUAAUUUUUUAAGAGAUAAAGUCCAAAUUAUCAAUAUCCUUUAAAGGAGAUAAAUUUUUCAUAAAAUAGAUCUUUAAAUUAAAUGGGAUGGUAUUUUUUAAGCAAAUACUUUUUUUUUCAUAAUUAUGUAGAUUUAAAAGAUAUUGAUGUUACAGAUUGUGAAUUGAAUGAAGAAGAUAAAAUAAAAUAAUUUAUGGCUCCAAUUUAUGAAAGGAUUAAAUAAUAUGGAAAUUUAGGAAUAAUAAAAUUUCGAAGUGAUAAUAUUAAUUUGAAAAAUUAAUUAUAUAAGGUGAAUACAAUACCAAGAAAGGAUAAGUUUAAAGUAAUAAAUGAUUUACCAUUUAAAAGAAAUAAAUAUACAGGUUGGGGGAAAGUAGAAGGUAAAAUAUAAUCAUUUGGAAUAUUAUAAAAAAAUAUAGUAAAAACAUUGAAAUUAUAAAGGAGAGUAAAUUUAAGUGAUUGUUGGAAAAGUCUUAAUGAAGUAAAAUUUGGUGCUUAUCAUUUGAAUUUUAUAGAUCACUUUUUAUAGAUUUUGCCAUAAUUAAGUGAAGAUAAGGAAUACUCAUUUUCUUAUUAUUGUUUAGAUUAAUUAUUUAAUUUGUUCUAAUAUCCAGAUAAUGGAAAUGGUAAUCCUUAUCCAAUAGCUGGAUUAUUUAAUUAAAAAUGUUUAGAAUUUUUUAGUAAUUCAUAGAUAUCAAAAAUAACUUUGGUAGAAACAUUUUUUCCAACAUUAGAGAAACCUAAAUAAUAAGAUAUAUGGAGAUUCUAUGUAGAUGUAAUUGCUAAGAAGAAUAAUAUAGAUUUAGUUGAGAUUGAAUAUACAUUAGAUGAUGAUUUAAUAGAAUAUUUAUUAGAUAAUAAUUAUACAGAAAGAGAUAUUGUAAAAUUAAUAAGAGUAAUACCACCAUCUCAUAUAAUAAUAUAGAAUAGUUUAACUUUAUAAGCAAUUAAAGGAAUAUACUCAGUGUUAUAUGAGAGUAAUUACUUUUAAUAUUCGCAUAUAUCAUAUGAUCAUCGAAGAGUGUUAAAUAAUGGAAUUGGUUAUUCAAUAAGAGCAUUAGUAUAUGGAAUCAAUUUUUAAUCUAAAAUACUUAUUUUCUUUAAGAAAAUCUUAUAUUUCUUAGUAUCAAUAUUUGUUUCAGAUGCAAAUAAAUAUUCAUAUUCUUUAGAAAUUAAAUAAUUAAAUUAGAAACUCUAAAGUUCACUUUUAUAUUUUGAUUUUUUAAUUGUUUUAACAUUGAUUUAUUUAUUCAUGUGUAUUGGAUGCCCUAUUUUAUUAACUAUCAAAGAUUUAGACAGUUAAGAAGACUUAUGUAAAAAAGGAGUAAAUUAAAUAGCAACAUAUUCGUAUUAUGGAUUUGCAAUAAUAACUUUGAUUUUUGAAUCAUUUCUGUACAAAUAAAUAGUGUCUUUAAUUCCAUCUCAUGUUUCUAAAUUAAUAGAUAUUGAUAAUUACACUGAAGAAAAUUAAGAGGCAAAUAGACCAUCUAUUUUAGGAUUCAUAUAAUAAAAUAAAGUUGCUCCAUUAGAUGAGUUACAUUAAUUAAAAGAUAAUGAAGAAAACAAUAAAAAUUAUUUAACAAGGUUUGGUAGUAAUUUUAAAGAAUUUGUUAAUUCUAGUUAUGCCUAGAAUAUUCAAUUUUUAAUCACUCUUACUUUAUCUCAAUUAUCAAAAUAUGAUCUAUAUAAUGAUGUUGUAUUCAUCAUAAAUUGUUUUAAUUGUAAAUAAGAUAACUUAUAUUAUGCUGCAUUAAUUAUUACAAUUAUUAAUUUAGCAAUAUAUUUGAUAUAUUUUAUUGAAGUUCUUAUUAGAAGAAUCUAAAGAAUUAAACUAUAAACAAAAUAUUUAUCUACUUAAACUAUUAAUGAUUUUUUUGAUCUUUGUACUGUAGGAAGAAAUGCUGCUUUAGCAUAAAUUUUAGAUAAUGUGGCACCAUAUAAUGUUAGUGUAUUUCCUAAUAGAUGGAUAAUUAGGAAAUUGAUACCAAAUGCUGCUGGUAAAAGUUUAAAUAAAUCAAUAAAGGUAAAUAUAUUAAUAAUUAAAUAGAAUUACCUUAUCAAAUUUAUAUUUGAAGAUGUCCCUUAAUUGACACUCUAAUUAACAUUCAUAUAUAGAAUGACAAUCUCAAAGUAAAUUACUUUAGGUUGGUCUAUAUAUAUAACUUUGGGAACCUCAAUAGUCACAAUAAUUAUUUCUUUUUUUAAGUAUUCAGAUAUUUAAUCUUAGAUUUAUGAAAAUUAGACCAUCAACCAUCUCUUAAACAGAUUUUGAUAAACUAGAAAGAACCAAUUUUUAGAUAUGUGAUUACAAAGUUACUCAUUUAUAAAAUGAAAUUAAAAUGCUAUAAAAAUAUGAGGCUUUUUAAGCUCAAGAAAGAAAUAUUGAACAAAGUUUACUUGUAAAGAAAAAUGAUUUUGAUAACAUGGUUUGA